UUACAGGGAUUUUACACCCUGUCCUGCCAAAAGGAACUACCAUUUGCAGCAUUUCAAUUGGUUUUGUCCACUUUUUCCACUUUGCAGACCUCAGACCAGCUCAUUGGUGAAAAGGUCAGAGGGCCCCUCUGUAACCCUGACUGCUGAUUGAGGAUCUGUAAAGAUGACAACCAAAUCCAAUAGCGGUGUUCUGGAUGGCAAGGCAUCCUCCUCCCCUCUUCUAUCGUCACCAAAGCGGCAGCGUCUGGUCACCAAAGACGGACACUGCACCCUUCGUCCCCCGCUUUGUCCCUCUGGCUCAUGGCUCGCAGCAUCGAGCCGGGCUUGGCUGUUAGCCCUGCAUGACAUGUGGGGACAGUUAGUUGGUCUGCGCUGGAGAUGGGUCCUGUUGGCCUUCUGUGCAUCCUUUGUGGCUCACUGGCUGCUGUUUGCUUGUCUUUGGUACUUGCUGGCUCACAUCAAUGGAGACCUAGAUGUGCUGGAUCAUGACGCCCCCCCAGAGGGCCAUGUGGUUUGUGUGAAGCACAUUACCAGCUUCACCGCCGCCUUCUCCUUUUCCCUCGAGACACAGCUCACCAUCGGCUAUGGCACCAUGUUCCCCAGUGGAGACUGUCCGAGUGCCAUAGCACUGCUGGCUGUGCAGAUGCUUCUGGGGCUCAUGCUGGAGGCAUUCAUCACAGGUGCAUUUGUGGCCAAGAUCUCAAGACCUCAGAAGCGAGCCGGAGCCAUCCAGUUCAGCCACUUAGGCGUGGUGGGCCUGCACCAGGGCCAAACUUGUCUCAUGUUACGAGCCACGAACCUGCUACGGCGCCCUCUGGUCGAUGUGAAAGUGAGUGCUGUGCUCUAUGAGGAGCAUGAAGGCCAACCCUUGCACCAAACCUCUCUGGACUUCUAUGUGGAUCAUCUGGGCCAACAUCCCUGCCCCUUCUUCGUCUUCCCAAUCACCUUUUACCAUCCCCUGGACCGCCGUAGCCCCCUCUACCCCGCCCUGCGUGAAGGCACGUCCAGGCCCUUUGAGCUGGUGGUGUUCCUGUCAGCCUCACAGGAGGGAACAGGUGACACCUGCCAGAAGAGGACCUCCUACCUGCGCCAGGAGAUCCAGUUUGACCGUUGCUUUGUACCCGCCUUGGGGAUGGAUGCCUGCGGAAGGUAUGUGGUGAGCAACCAUCACUUUGACACUAUGCACUCUAAGGAUCCUUUGGACAAGGACUGUGUUGUGCAGAUCAACGGUGAUGGCAGCGACAGGAUGGAGUGA